CUCGUCGGAGCGGAAGCAGCGGGUGAAGCAGCGAAGCUCCAGCCGCAGAAGCAGCGCUCAGAAUCGGCCACACACCGGCUGACAUGCCGCGGGGAUGAUGGCUGCCUUCGGCAUUCUGAGCUACGAACACAGGCCUCUUAAACGGCCCAGACUCGGUCCUCCGGACGUCUACCCGCAGGACCCGAAGCAAAAGGAGGAUGAGUUGACGGCGUUGAACGUCAAGCAAGGAUUUAACAACCAGCCGGCAGUUUCAGGCGAUGAGCAUGGCAGUGCUAAAAAUGUCAAUUUCAACCCUUCAAAGAUCAGCUCAAACUUCAGCAGCAUCAUCGCGGAGAAGUUGCGCUGCAACACGUUUCCAGACACCGGCAAGAGGAAGCCGCAGGUCAAUCAGAAGGACAACUUCUGGCUCGUCACGGCCCGCUCGCAGAGCUCCAUCAACAACUGGUUCACGGACUUGGCCGGGACCAAACCCUUAACCCAGCUCGCCAAAAAGGUUCCUAUCUUCAGCAAGAAAGAGGAAGUGUUCGGCUACCUGGCUGGCAUACUCCGUGCGGUGAUGCGAUCCGCUUGGAUGAUUAAAAUGACAUGUGCGUAUCACGCCGCCAUAACCGAAACCAAGGUGAAGAAGAGGCACGUCAUUGACCCCUGCAUAGAAUGGACUCAGAUAAUUACGAAGUACCUGUGGGAGCAGCUGCAGAAGGUGGCAGAGUUUUACAGACAGUCUCCCAGCCAGGGCUGUGGCUCUCCUCUGCCUGCUCCUCCUGCUGAGGUGGAAACUGCCAUGAAACAGUGGGAGUACAACGAGAAGCUGGCCAUGUUCAUGUUUCAGGACGGCAUGUUAGACAGACACGAGUUCCUCACCUGGGUGCUGGAGUGCUUCGAGAAGAUCAGACCCGGAGAGGACGAGCUUCUGAGGUUCCUGCUGCCGCUCCUGUUACAGUACUCGGGAGAGUUUGUGCAGUCGGCCUACUUAUCUAGACGGCUGGCGUAUUUCUGCACACGCCGACUCAAUUUGCUGCUGAGCGAUGGCAGUCUCGGACCGGGCCCAGGCGGACACCCGGCCCACAGCAUUUCAGCACAGCAAGGAAACGCUCUCCCUCCGACCCCGACCUCCCAGCCUGCAGGGGGCAACCAGCCCCAAACCCCCUUCACAGACUUCUACAUCUGCCCUCAGCACAGGCCUGUGGUGUUCGGACUCAGCUGCAUGCUGCAGAGUAUUGUGUUGUGUUGUCCCAGCGCCUGGUCUGGCACUACUCUCUGA